AUGUCACAAGCUGGUAUCUCUCGUUUACCUUAUUUUUCACUGAGAACAGUGACUUCACAAGGGCUUCCUCUACGGCAGUUUCCUACUUCAGGCUACGUAACCUUAGAUCCCGCCGAUAAGAUUGAGGAAGAGACUUUACCACUCUAUAAACCGGAGAACUACUAUCCGGUUUCUAUUGGCGAAGUCUUCGGUUCCAGAUACCAAGUGGUCUCAAAGCUGGGAUAUGGCACUUCCUCUACUAUCUGGCUUUCCCGAGAUCUUCAAGAGGGGGGCUACUAUACCCUGAAGCUAUGUGCAAAGGGACAAAGCUCCGAUCGAGAGAUUACUGUUUCUGAGCAUUUGAAGCAAUCUGUCAAUGAGAUUCGAAAAAGGAUGCUUCGCAUAGUCCUGGACUCCUUUGAUGUCGUUGGACCACAAGGGAGCGUGUUUAUCUGCUUGAUAUACCAGCCUCUUGGAAUGAGUUUCACUGAGUUUCAAAACUUGCUCCCCACAGGGAAGUUCCCCAAGGAACUCAUUCAAAGAAGCAUCCAGCUUGUUCUGAUAGCAUUAUCUUCUAUGCAUGAAAGCAAUGUCGUCCAUACUGGUAUGGCUAUAAAGCUGGGUGAAAAGAGUAAUGGAUGGAAUCAGUGUAAGCUGAUGAUCAUAGAUCUUUCACCGAACAACAUACUCCAAGGAGUGCAAGAUAUCUCCAUCUUGUCCAGAAUGGAGGAAGAUGAAAUAGAACGACCAAUUGCCAGAAAGGUCCUCAGCAACCGCAAUAUUUACUACUCCCGUCCAAUGCCUUUGUGUACAGGUUUGCCAGUUGUCUGUGAUCUGGGCGAAGCUAGAAUUGGCAAAGAAAGGUAUAAUGAUGAUAUCAUGCCAGGAAUUUACCGUGCACCAGAAGUCAUCUUAGGUAUGGAAUGGGAUUACAAGGUUGACAUCUGGUCAAUUGGGAAUGUGGUCUGGGAUCUUGCAGAGGGCCACCACCUUUUUUUUGCUAAAAGGAAUGGUAAGCUCAGUGAUGAGCAGCAUCUGGCUGAGAUGAUAUCACUUAUGGGCCCUCCGCCUUUAAAGUUCUUGAGGAGGAGUAAUUGGACAGGCUCUAUACGCAUACCAGAGCAGUCUCUUGGGCUCAGGGAACUUCAGCUCUCCGGCGAGGACAAAGUCCCUUUCCUAAAAUUCUUACGCAGGAUAUUUCGAUGGCUUCCGGAAGAACGACCAACAGCAGAAGAACUCGCGUAUGAUGAUUUUCUGAUGCAGCCAUUUAUGGAAACAAGAGAUCAAUAA